CGCCAGAUCGAGUUCACGCCAAGUCCCUCGCCCCUCCCGCACCAACGCUACGCCCACUCGGCUCUCGCGUCGCUUCAUAACCUCCUCCUCCUCCUCCAUCUCUUCGCCACCACCUCCACGACACGACCCGAGCCAUCACCAGCAACUUCUCCGCCCAUGAAGCACAGUCCCGGCAUGAUCUCGUCCGACCUCCCCGCGUCCUCGCGCCGCCGCCUGGCCACCGUCCUCGCGCCGCUCCUCCUAUUCCUCGCCGCCGCGCUCUCCUUCCCCUCCUCGCUCCUCCUAGCCGCGGCUCCGGCCCGGCUUCGCGACGACGACCCUCCUCCUUCAGCCUCCUCCUCCCCGCCGCCAGGCACUCCUCGGGCGGCGGUGUGCCUGGUGGGCGGCGCGCGGCGGUUCGAGCUCACGGGCCCCUCCAUCGCGCGCCACGUCCUGGGAGGUGCCGAUGACUACGCGGUGGUCGACGUGUUCCUCCACAGCCCGCUGGACGCCGACGCCUACAAGCUGUCCCUCCUCGCGCGCGCCGCGCCGCCCGGGGUGAACCUCGCCGCCGUGAGCGUGUUCCGGCCGGAACCCAUCGACGAGACGCCGGCGCGUGCGCGGGUGCUCACCGCGGACAACUCGCCCAACGGCAUCCAGGGUCUGCUGCAGUACUUCCGUCUGGUGGAGGGAUGCCUGGACCUCAUCCGCGACCGCGAGUCCCGAGGCAACUUCACCUACGCCUGGGUCCUCCGCACCCGCGUCGACGGCUUCUGGACCGCCCCGCUCGACCUCCCCGCCGCCGACGCCUACGUCGUCCCAGAGGGCUCCCGCUUCGGCGGCCUCAACGACCGCCUCGGCUUCGGGGGCCGUGCCGCCUCGGACGCCGCGCUCUCCCGCGUCUCCGUGCUCCCGCGCCUCGCCGCCGCGGGCUACCACGACCUCAACUCGGAGUCCGCCUUCCGCGCGCAGCUUGCCGAGGCCGGCGUCCCCGCGCGCGAGCGCCGGUUCCCGUUCUGCGUGCUCAGCGACCGGACCUACGCGUUCCCGCCGUCGCCGGGGUACGGCGUGCCCGUGGCGUCGCUGGGGAGCCCCGGCCCGCUGAGCGGCGCCAAGUGCCGGCCCUGCCGCCCGGCCUGCCGCGGUGAGUGCUUGGCGCAGCACGCGGCGCAGUUUGACCGCGGGUGGAGCUGGACAGAGUGGCGGAACGGGACGCUCGAGCUCUGCGACGCCAGCGGUCCGUGGGAGGACGGGUGGGAGGCCAUGUUCGACGAGGCCGCCGGCGCAGAUGCCGCGGCGGUCAGGCGAAGGGUGGCACGGAUGGGGGCCAAGGAGUGCGUGGCGGAGAUGGAGGCGUUCAAGGCGCGGGCCGAGCGGUGGGACGCGCCGAGCCCCGCCGAGAUAUGCCGCCUCGGGAUCGGAGCACGAUCCGCAGCGACUCGCUCCGGUUCGUCUUAUUCGACGAACACGACGAACAGUGACACUGCUGCUAAGCAACAUUAAUCGAGUCCUUGACAGUUGGUUGUCCUACACUUAAUUUUUAGGAAAAUGAAAUCCAAGGGAAAGAAAUGGCAUAGCGAUAUAUACUUAAUUGAGAGUUGAGCUUCUUCUGUACAAAUUUUUUACAGCUCUAGUGUAUAGAUCAGCUAUGAAUGGAGUAGAUACUUGACACUCCAGUGGUAUAUAUACUACUUUGUAA